GCUGUCCGGCCGCUGAUUCAUUUCACCACAUACCAGCUCUGGGUGCAAACUCAGAAGGGGUGUUGGGGAAAUUGAAAGGCGUCCUAAAAGGGCCAACAAGGAUUCCAUCAUCAAAAGUGAGCUCUUAGAAUGGGAAAAUCAGAGAGCCAAAUGGAUAUCAUGGAGAAAACCACUAAACCAAGAAAGCAUCGCUGGACCGUCGUGGAGAUUGGAUUGUCUAUUAUUGUGCUUCUCAUGAGCUGUGCUCUGGUUGGACUCAUCGUGCUCUACACUUCAGCUGUGAAAGAGCGUUUUAACAGAAAUGAUUCUUCAAAAGGACUGAAAUAUCAAUCAAAAGCUGACAGCAAUGUCUGCACAACCCCAGAGUGUGUGACUGCUGCAGCCAGAUUGCUCCAGAACAUGGAUCCCAGCAUGGAGCCGUGCCAGAACUUCUAUCAGUACGCCUGUGGAGGCUGGAUCGAGCGUCACGUCAUUCCAGAGACCAGCUCACUCCACAGCGUAUUCAAUAUCUUGAGAGACGAGCUGGAGAUAGUGCUCAAAGGAGUUCUUGAGAUGGAAAGUAAGAGUGACAGAGAGGCCUUCAAGAAAGCCAAAACACUCUACAGUUCAUGCAUGAAAGAGAAUUUGAUUGAGCAGCGCGACUCGCAGCCCCUUCUCAGACUCAUCGACAGUAUCGGCGACUGGCCUGUUGCCUCUGAUGUCUGGAACAGCACGUCAGAGGAAGCAUGGAGCCUGGAGGACAAGCUGGCCAUUCUGAAUUCCCAGUACAAUAAGAAGGCAGUGCUCGAGAUGUUUGUGUGGCCAGAUGAUCGCGACUCCAGCCGCUACAUUAUCCAUGUUGACCAGCCAGCACUAGGCAUGCCUUCGAGAGAUUAUUACCUCAGUGAUGGAAACUAUAAGAAGGUGCGCGAGGCCUACCUGGAGUUCAUGGUUUCCGUGGCGAGGAUUGCGCGAGAAGACCGGAACUUGACCCAAGAUGAAGAGCGCGUGUGGGAGGAGAUGACUCAGGUUUUGGAGUUGGAGACAGAUCUUGCUAACGCUACCUCACCUGCAGAAGAACGCAAUGACAUCACUGUGCUGUACAAUAAAAUGACACUGACAGAGGUGCAGCAAACAUUCAACCUCAAUGGCUUUAAUUGGACACGCUACAUACAUGGAAUCAUGUCAAGCGUUUUGAUUACGGUGCAACCAGAAGAACCCAUCGUUGUGUACUGCUCACCGUAUCUCGAGAAGCUCAGUGAUGUUCUCUUUAAACACAGUCACAGGACUCUGCAGAACUAUCUGUCCUGGAUGCUCAUCAUGGAGCGGGUGAGCAGUCUGAGCCGUCGCUUCAAAGAUGUGAGAGCGCACUACAGAAAGGCUUUGCAUGGCACUACAGUAGAGGAGGCGAGGUGGAGAGAUUGUGUACGUUACGUUCAGGGCAACAUGGAAAACGCAGUCGGGGCUUUGUAUGUACGGGAAACCUUUUCUGGAAACAGCAAACGCAUGGUGGGUAAUCUGAUCAGACAGAUUCAAGAGGCUUAUGUAGACACGCUGGAAGAGUUGAGCUGGAUGGAUGAACAGUCCAAGGAAAAAGCCCGAGAGAAGGCCAUGGCGAUAUCAGAACAGAUUGGUUAUCCUGACCACAUCCUUGAGGAGGAGAAUAAGAAACUAGAUGAGGAAUACACUCACCUUAAUUUCAGUGAGGAAAACUACUUUGAAAAUAUUCUGGAAAAUUUGGCAGCAUCAGCCCAGAAAACUCACAAAAAGCUGAGGGAUCCCGUUGAUCCUAACAUCUGGAUUAUUGGUGCUGCAGUGGUCAAUGCAUUCUACUCUCACAACAGAAACCAGAUUGUAUUCCCUGCUGGCAUCCUACAGCCUCCAUUCUUCAGUGAGAAACAGCUGCAGGCUUUGAACUUUGGUGGAAUUGGGAUGGUGAUAGGACAUGAAAUCACUCAUGGAUUUGAUGACCACGGCCGGAAUUUUGACAAAGAUGGGAACAUGUACAAUUGGUGGAGCAACUAUUCUGCUGAGCACUUUGAAGAUCAAUCUAAAUGCAUGGUGGAACAGUACGGCAAAUUCAGCUGGAAACUUGCAGGAGGCCAAAAUGUCAGUGGCAUCUCAACAUUAGGAGAAAAUAUCGCUGACAACGGUGGAGUUCGCCAAGCAUAUAAGGCGUAUAUGAAGUGGGUGCAGAGAGAGGGCGAAGAGUACCGUCUGCCCGGACUGGACAUGGAUCACAAACAACUCUUUUUCCUGAACUUUGCUCAGGUCUGGUGUGGUGCCUGCCGCCCUGAAUACGCCAUACAGUCGGUCAAAACCGAUCCACACAGUCCGUUGGAGUACAGGGUACUAGGGUCCCUCCAGAACUUUGAAGCAUUUUCCGAAGCUUUCCAUUGUGAACGAGGAACCCCCAUGAACCCAGAGGAGAAAUGUCGAGUGUGGUAA